AUGGACUCUAUCCUGGCUUGGAUCGCGCUUCUCUUUCUUGCCUGCCGCGUGCAGGCGGCCGCUGUCUUCGCGCAUUUUAUGGUACAUAUCUCAAUCACCCUAGUUAUUAAUGAUAUGAAGCUGGCACAAGAUGCCCACAUUGAUGCCUUCGCCUUGAACAUGGCGUACAAUGAUCCGACGAAUAUCAAGGCUCUUCCUGCUGCAUUUGCAGCGGCUGACUCGGUUGGCUUCAAGCUUUUCUUCUCCUUUGAUUACGCUGGAAACGGUGACUGGCCAAAGACCGAUGUUAUCAACCUGAUAACUCAGUACAGCGCUCAUUCUUCUUAUUUCUUUCACGAUGGACAGGCAUUUGUCUCCACUUUUGAAGGACCAGGUCGAGCAGAUGACUGGCCUUCGAUCAAGGCCGCUACUGGAUGCUUUUUUAUUCCAAGUUGGUCAUCCCUCGGAGCCAAGCCUGCAGUAGAAACUGGAGUAGUGGAUGGGCUUUUCAGCUGGGCCGGUUGGCCCUGGGGCUCUGAGGAUAUGAACACCUAUAUCGAUGCGUCCUAUCUUCAAUACUUGGCUGGAUUGCCUUAUAUGAUGCCCGUUUCUCCUUGGUUCUUUACCAAUCUUCCUGGGUACAAAAAGAACUGGAUCUGGCGCGGAGACCACUUGUGGCAUGAUCGCUGGCAAGAGGUACUCUACGUCCAGCCGGAGUUUGUGGAGAUUAUCUCCUGGAAUGACUAUGGCGAGUCCCACUAUAUUGGACCGCUCUACGACAAGGCUAUGGAAGCAUUUGAUAUUGGAAAGGCACCGUUCAACUAUGUGACUGAUAUGCCUCAUGACGGCUGGCGAGCCACCUUGCCCUUCUGGAUCGAUAUGUACAAGACAAAGACUGCUGAGGUUACAGAAGAAAGCAUCGUGGCUUGGUAUCGACUAUCUCCUGCUGCUGCGUGUGCCAGCGGGGGCACUAGCGGCAAUACUGCAUCCCAACUCCAAAUUGAGUUCCCACCUGCGGAGAUGGUUCAGGAUCGUAUCUUCUUCUCUGCAGUGCUUGGCUCGUUCUCCGGGGCUGUAGUAACAAUCGGAGGGUCAUCUCAGACAGUUGGAUGGUCCUCGGUUCCUGAUGACGAUGUCGGGGUUUACCAUGGCAGUGUCGCCUUUGACGGCCGUACGGGACCAGUAACCGUAUCGUUGCUUCGUGACAACAAAGUGAUUGCUACCAUCGAAGGAAAGGAGAUCUCAGCAAGCUGCCCCAAUGGAAUUCAAAAUUGGAAUGCCUGGGUCGGCAGUGCUACAGCAGGGACUACAGUGUCUGCUAGGCCAAAGCUGCUUCUUUCUGAGCAGAGCUGUAUGAAUGGGACGGGGGCCAACAACUUUGCUGGUCUUUGUGAAUUCUCUUGCACGUACGCCUAUUGUCCCCUCGGCGCCUGUACGUGUACACAAAUGGGACUUGGCCACGAGAAGCCCAACUCUACAGGUGUCGUAGGAUAUCCUAUCGCAGGAGAAGAUGCUAGCUAUAGUGGACUGUGCAACUUCGACUGCAAUCUUGGCUUCUGCCCGCCGACGGCCUGCGGAACUGAGCAAGUUCCCUUGACCACACCCUCGGUUUCUCCAUUUCUUCCUCCAGCAUGCACGGCAGGCACGGGUGAAGGUAACUUGGCAGGCCUUUGUGACUUCAGCUGCACCCAUGGCUUUUGCCCAAUGAACGCCUGUACCUGCACAGGCCAGGGAGCAGUCAACGUCAUGAAUCCCACCACCGACGUGGUGGGCGAGGCAGCCCCUGGUCAGGAUCCUGCCAUCUACGGUCCUCUAUGCGAGUAUACCUGGUCCGGAGAUGGCGAUGUCUAUCUUGCACCAUCAAUCUGGCAUGAUCCUUCGCCAGUGGUUCAGUGUUAUCCUCCCUGCUCGUUGAUUUUCCCACCCCUGCCUCUCGAUGAGCCAACAACCAUCCAUCUUCCUCCCUGGACAACCAAGGUCCCACGAAGCUACGUGAUAAGCAAUACCUCAACCGGCGGAGAUGGCCAGGUCACAACUCACUAUGGAUACGAGACUACUACGACCAACAUCACCGUUGCUCUGCCACCUAGUAUGUAA